CGAAUUUUCAGUGUGAGUUGAUUUGCGGUAAGUGUUGAAUCACAUCGCGAGAGCAGAUAAUCGAAAUUCUGGGAUUUUAAUAAAUAAUCUUUGGAGUGGUUGACGAUUAUUUUUUGGUUAAGGUGCUAGGCGGCAGUGAAAUAAACUAACGGACUAAAUAAAAACCAAAGGAAUCGUUUUAAGGUUUUUUUUAUUGCGACACUAGAUACAAUUUCUUUGUUGAAUGUUGUGAUUUUACUAAACUAGUGAUGAUCGUUGUGCUUUGUUUAUUGUCUGGUGUAUUGGGUCUUUGAGCAAAAAUCAAUUUGGGAAACGAACUGAAUACGAAUAAGUUAAUUUUGAGAAUUUAAUUUAAUUGUCGUGCAAAGUUUGUGAAAAACAGAAAAUUAGUAAAGAUGUAUGGAAGGUAAGUUUUUGUUUUAGUGAAAAAGUGCGAAUUUUAUGGAAAAUAUUAAAAACGAGCGAAACAUUUCAAGAUGAUAGGACAGAUUGAGGCAAAUCAUCAGUUAUAUUUUUAAAUUAUUGUUAAAUUGCCUUGGGUUGGUUGUUACCCGCACAUUCGAAUUGCGACUUGUGAAACGGCUCGCAUCAACAAAAAAAGAAACACACACACGAGCCGCCAGUUUGGAUGAAGGCUGAAAAUGAUCGAAUAAUAUGCGAAUUUCGUUUUUCAUAUUAUAUUUCUCGGCGUUCUAUGUGUAUCAAAAAUUGUGAGAGCCAUUGCUUGUAGCGUUGUCUUGGUCGAAACAUCUCAGCCGCGCGCUGAGCGAAAGAGCGUCGCUAAAAUUAGAAAUGAUAUUUAUAGAGUAAAGGAAAGUUCGUAUUUCCUUCGUGUGAUCGUUGGUCAGUGCGUUUUUGCGGGUGAAUCACGUUCAAUGGUGUGUGCUAUACACGAUUUUCGGCUUUGCUAUUCGGCGUUUUGAAUUUUCCAAGGGAAUCGGUCGGCCACACAAAAACUUAAUGAAAAAUAGUAUAAUUUAUGACAUUUCAGUGUAGAUUUUAUUACGACUUUUGCAAAUUCAAUUUUGCGCUUUCAGCAAUUCCGACUAUCGCAAGUACUGUCGCUCACCUUUCAAGUUGUUUGCGCUCAAAAUGCACCCAAUUUGCGGUAAAUAUAUUCCCUAGAAUUUUAGCGUUUGCAAAAUGAAGCGGUUAAUUCGACGAAAAUAAACACAUUUUCAAAACGAAAAUUUUCCAAUACAUCAGCCAUUCACCACGCAUCUGGAUCACAACUCAGACUAGAUUGCAGUAGCCGAUUUCAACGAUAUUUUUUCCUCAAAGACUGAAUGAAAACAGCUGAACGGAAAACGCGCACAAAAUUUUAUUUUCAACAGGAAUUGCCCUGAAAAUAUUUUAGAUGAAACGGAUGUGUUCGUCGACAUUUGCUCCAUUUACUGUUUUACUCGAUUCAAAGAAGCUGUUUUGUAACUCAUAUUCUCGAAGUGGAAUUGGAAACGACGUAACUUUGUGGUUUUCAAUUGAUUGAGCCCAAACUAAAGUUGUUAUUUUCCUGUUGUUGUAAAAGUAAGAAAAAGUAGACAUCGUCAUCAACAUGUCUACUAGUACCUACUUAACAGCACUAGGUAAUUCUAGAUGGUGGCUUAUGUGAAUACAAUUUUAUUUUGAAAUGAAGAAAUAAUAUAUUAUGAUGAAAAUUUGCUCAAUAUUGCAAAGCAGGACAUGAAGGCAAAAUCAAAUAUUUUUGCCUACUAUGGCCUACUUAACAACAGAAGCAAUUACUUUGACUUAACACGAGUGACUGUGAUUUCUGAAGCAGAAUCCAGUCAUUUAAAUACCCAAAAAAUCAAUAUCAAUCGUCUGAUUACAAGUCUUUAUCUCGAUGGCAGUUCUUGAUGUUGGGAUAAUAGACAUGUAUCACCUAAAUAGACCAAUUGUUGUUCGUCUUUCUUAUCAUUUGGUAGUAUUUUUCAUGUUGUAUGUGCUCUUCUUCUGCCCCAGAAUGAAUACAAAAAUAGUGUUUCAGUGACCUUUGCAACUGUUUCGCAUUUCACUUUUCAUGCGUAAACAUGUUGAAGACAAAAGAUAACUUCUUCUUCUUCACCAUCUUAAUUUUGUUUGUACAGAAAAUAACACAAAGUCCAGAUGGCUUCAGCAAUUGCCAAGAUUACAGAAAUUACAAUUGUAUCAUUUUUUUCUAUAUUUUCAUUCCAUAUUGAAACAAAUGUAAGCAAAACGAAGCAUGUACAAAGUGCAUACGAUGGUGGAGCAUAGGUUAAAUAAACGAUUUCUUGCGAAUGAUCAAAGAAAAAUUGCUUGCAAACGAUUAAAUUGUUAUCGUGUAUGAUGAAUUAUCACAUCGUGCAUCGCAAUUUGCCGUGAAUGCAUUCAAAUGACAAAAUCAUUUGCAACGAACUCUCAAGACAGCUGUUAAAUUAUCUUCGGUCAGUCAACAAAUUACGACUUAAUGUUUACAAAAACGAUUUACAUUACAUGCCAUUUAUUUCCACUAGUCUGGUCUAACGCUCGCAUAAAUCGGCAUUCAAUGAACCCAAUCAUGAAUAAUUUAAUUGACCGGUUCCGUUGAACGUAAAAUGGCUUCUUUCUCUCUAACGAGACGACAAUUUCCACUGUUUGUGCGAAAAUCUCCCAAGAUCACGCCGAUAAAACAUAAAUAACAAAUGACGCGUUUCUAAUUUAGUCAGACCACGAUUUUGUGCGCAACUGCGUACACAUUGGACUUGGUGUUGGUGCGAUUUUAUAGCGGAGAUUUGAAGCAGGAAAAUGUUGUUGUUGUACGAUAAGAGAAAUUUUUUACUGAAAAAAAGUCAGACAUGUGAUUAAUAUUUAGCAUUUUGUCAUUUCAAAAAUGAUUGUAGGAAAAAGCCGUUUAACUUUUCUCGAAUGUGAAGAGAUCGAGAGUGUUCUUCAGAUGCGUGUGUCACAUCAUUACAGUUCAAUCUUAGCACAACACAAGCGUAUGAUACGAUGUGUGCAUUGAACUUGAAAACGGAAAACUUGAAUUGCACACUGUUCACCAUUCAUAUUCAUAAUGCAGUUUCUGGUUGGCUGUAGUCGAAGUAACCGAAACGUUAUGCGCGACAGCUUGAUAAAGAUGCAAUAAGGAAUUGGAAAAUACGUUAAGCAUAAAUGCGUUUUGCUUUCACUCAUCGUGUGCGCACACCUCUCACGCGAUUACAAUCCGCUUAAAUGGGAAUAAAUCGGACCGAAACAAAAGUGCAUCAAUCAUAAGAAGAAGUAGCAGAAAAAAACUGAAUACAUAAUAAUAUAAAAAAGAAGAAAUAUUUUUGAGUUGCCGCAAUCAUUGCAUGAGAUUCAACGUACGUUUCAAUGGUAAUUAGAAUCGUUUUUUUUUGCUAGUGCCAAGCAAAUGAAAUAGAAAUCUGUGGAAAGUAAUUGACUGAACUGAUUGAAACAUUUGUACAUUUUUUGCUUGUUUCCCGGCGAUGGCGCUCCUUCACUACAUCUUGUACACAUUCACGGAUUUCUGUCUGCGGUUGAUUGACACCAGAUAAUUAUUGGCAUUACUGAACCACUGCUGUGGAACUGCGAAACCAUUUGAAACGAAAUUUGAAAAUAGCUUUGAAAUGAUCGCAUUGAAUAAUAGGGUCCAUUUAAUGAGAUUAUGUGUCUAUCAGGGGACAAUCACUGUUGACAUUCAGACACUCGUGCUAUCAUUCGACAAACAGCAUUUUAACAUUGUUCGAGAGAAAUCAAUCUCAUACAUUGUUCGAUAUUUAUCGUUCAUGUUUCAUUAAAAUUCCACUGUGUGAAAUGGAUUUCGGUAGGCAUCUGUUUUUAUGUCGUUCAUUCUCUUCGACUUUCCAUAAUUCGAUUGAAUAAAAAAAAGAUGUAAUCUCGAAUAGAAAUUGAAGCGAAUUGUAUAAAAUAUUUUGAUGUGUGAUUUAUGCAUGACUUGAUACGCUCCGAUUACAGAAGAAAAACCAAACGCAAAAAACUGUACCAUCAAUACUAUAAUAAUGCCCAUAAUAAUAAGUCGAAUUUAUGGCACCUCUUUCUUGCUGACUUAAACAUUUUUGAGAUAUUUAUAUAAAUUCUUGUGCAUUGAUUGGGUGCAUUUAAAUGCAAAUUGUUGCUUUUGUUUUCCUUCAUAUUAAAACUCUGUUGAUUAUUAUAUUACUUUUCCCAAUGUGUGAAAUGGCCACUGAACGAAACGCAAAACAUACAUCGUUAUAAAAGAGAAACAGUGAAUGCGCUUCUAAUAGGAGUUGCGUGUGCUGUGUGUAUUUUGCUGUUUCGUCUCUGUUUUUCACUUUUACAACAAAUUCCCGCUACCAACUGAAUUCAGGUGUAGCCGCAGCAUACGCGCGUUUUGUGGUUUUAUCAAUAUACCAUAAUAUUACCUGCAUUUGCGGUUUUAUCAACAGUCUUCAAUCGACUGGCCACGAGUGCAAAUCAGCUCUUUGUUAAGUCUCCAUUUCGUAAUAACGAUCAUCAAAUCGAUAAAAAUUUGUUACUUUGUUUUUAUUCCGAAUUUUGGUGAACAGUUAUAAAAACAGAAAGAAAAGAUAAAAAAAAGAUAGAAGUAAAUAAGCGCGCCUCCGUAAAGUGGUGAAAACAAAAUAAACAAUUAAUGAAUGUCACUCAAUAAAUCAAAUGACAAAGAAUAUCUUUGAUACAAUUCCUGGUGAAUGAUCAAUUAAAAAUCCGCUCAAAAUAAGAAGCGAUAAUGUCAUCGUUCAAGUCAAAAUCAUCGGUGAAGUUUGGUGUGAAACCACCACAACCACCAAAACCAACCAAUUUAAAUUUGAAGUUAAAUCGAUUUGUUUAUACCAAGUAUCGUGCAAUGCUUGGCUCAUACAAUGACAAAGCCAAUGAAAUCAUUCAUUCGCUACCCACGAAAAAGUCCAUUUUACAUCAAAUGGAUCGUCGUUUUAGCAUUGGCAGUAACAAAAAAACUUUCUCGGCGCCACCUCCUCCACCCGUGCUUAAUGGAUCGAUUCCGGCUCGACGUAUCGCCACACAACCACAACAAGAAAUGCCUUCAUGUGUACAAGCCAUGAUGACAAAGGACAAGAAGCCGUUCACAUAUACGCCCGGAGGCAUCGAUUUGAGCCAAAUUAAGUCCCCACGGAUGGCCCAACGCAUCAGCCGAAACGCAAACAUGGAGGGGGUUACGAAUCAACCGAAACCAUCACCAUUGGCACAGCAAAACACACAUACGGCUGCCUCUGGUCCUCCCCCGCCACCUUCAAUGCCUGUGCACGCCUUGCCUGUCCAAGUAUUUCCACAAGGUCCACCAGCACCUCCACCCGCGCCGAAAUCAGCACAAUUGAAUGUGGCCAACGGGAAUAAGUCACCGUCGAUGCAACGAAAAUCGCCACAGCCACAAUCAUUUGAGCCACCACCGUUUGGCUUUCGGCCGGAAAUCAAAAUUCCACCAAAUCCAAUGGCCAAUUUGAGAAAAGUGGCACCACCAAAACCAAAAGAAGUUGACUGGUCCGAAGAGUUUCGUAAAGAGCGAUCAAAAAGCCCAAUGCCAGGUGCUGUGGCGCCAGAGCCAAUUGCUCAAGAAACUCAAUCGCCUGACUCGUUUAACGUCCAACAACAAUAUAACAAACCAACGCACGUCAAAGUUGAUUCUCCAAUUAACACAGUGCAACAACCAUUCUUGCCACGGCAAACAUCACUAAAAGAAAGCGAUAAAACGCCAACUGACCAAAAUAACAACUUUUCAAGCAAUAACUAUGGUGGCAAUUUCAAUCAAAGCUCACCACAACAAAGAAUCUACAGUCCCUUUGCUUCAUCACCACAACCGAAUUUGCCAAAGCCUUUGAGCCCAGUUAAACUUAAUCAACAAGAAGAAAACGUACCAAUCUACGUUCGAUCUUCACAGCGCGCUACUUCACCAAAACCGCCAACACCACAACAAGAAUUCGGCCAAACGCAACCAUCACCUGUGUCGAGUUUUCAACGACAACCAUCGCUGGAACAAGCACAAACCCCGAUUUAUACACGAUCGCCACGUAAUGUUACUGCUUCGCCAGUUGUUGGAGGUCGUAAUGUUACCGCUUCACCAGUGAAACAAUUUAAUCAAACGACGUUCAGUCAACCGAACACGAACGAUUCAACCGAGAAAUAUCCAAUCUAUGUGCGUUCGUUCCAAAAGCAACAGGCUCCACCGGCACCAAUACAAACACAGACAAGAACACAAGCCCAAACACCACCAGUGAGCGUUCAACAACCACUUUCUACUGCUCAGCCUUUUGUCAGCGAACCAGGACGACAAUAUCAGCAACAACCAAAUCGAUCUGCAAAUAGCAAUGCGCAAGGUACACAAAUGCCACCUUGGAUGAGACGAACAAACAGCAAAGAACUUCCUGAAUGGGCAAAUAACAGCGACGAAUUUAACCUACCAACUGCACCACAAUCGAACCAACCGACAAAUCAACAAACGAACACGUUCUCAACCAAUUCGAACUAUCCAACAAAUGAAUCAACAACUCAAUACGGAAAUAAUAAUUCAAGUGCUGGUGUAUCAAAGGAACGUGUUGUUCCAAUUCAAUUCGAGCAAUCGCCAACGAAAACUCCAACUUCACCAGGCUUCACAGCUCAACCGUACCAAAGCACUCCACCGCAAUACAAUCGAGUGCAGCCACCACCAUUUGCGCCAACUGCUUCAAAUUAUGCAUCGACCUACAAUGAUCCGCAUAAAUUUGUUGACCAAGGUUACAACAAUGUUCAGAAUUGGGAUAUAAGCCAGCGUGUAACAUCACCGACAGCAAAAUCAAGCGAUGGCUCUCGCGUUAUUCCGAUCAAAUUGGAGGACGGACAUCCAUACAUAGAUGGGCCAGUGCACGUCAUUCAAAGCGGCAAUUAUCGAUUUAUAAUACAUGACUGUCCUCUUGCAGCCGAGCUACAAUAUGUAAAAAAUAGGCUCAGCGAUGCUCGAUCCACACCAAACCAAUCGAAGUCGUUCCGUGUGUUGCAACAGAUAACUGACACCAUGAAAGUGGAUCCGAACGAAACAGCUGCACCAGCUGAAUUACAUCAACCACACUACUCACGUCCACUUGGAGCACAAGAUAUGAACGAACAUCAAUUGCGCAAAAUGAAAUUAAAUGAGGAUCCUUCAAAAAACGCACCAUCCUUUGAAGCUCGUUUCCGAAGUCAAUUCCCUGAUUGGGUACCAUGUAAGCCACACAGUGUUCUUCAAUCGGUGAUGAGACCAGACAAUGACGUUCAUAAUAACAUUUAUCUCUCACAUUUGUGUAUUUUUGUAGCCGAUGUCCAAGUCUUAAACACUGAUAAGAACGAUCAUUUGAACUCAUUUUCCCAUUUGAAUAAUUCCUUUUCUAACAUCCCUUAUACGGUGUCUAUGCCACCGGAUACACCGUUGCAAAGUGAUUGUGAAGACUCGAUUGCUGAAGCGGUUCCAUUGCAAAAUGAUGAUAUUUAUGAAUCAUGCAUUUAUGAUUCGUACUAUGAUAGAAGUCCACCAAAGAGCAGACCAGUUUCAUGUUAUUCCGAUUCAUCAACAAUUGUACCACGCAUCGUGGUCACUCCAACUCAAGAAGACAAUGAAAAACGCCGUGCAAGUAUGACCAACUAUGAAAAUCUGACGGAAAAAAUGGCCAAUCAAAAUAAAGCUUUCGAAAAACUCACAUCAAAACUCAAUCAAAUUUAUACCAUUGAAGACGAUGCAAAUAAAACCGAGUUGAAGUGUGAUGAGAAUAACGAUUUGAACUCUGAUCAAAAGCCGAUCUUCAAUAAUCAACCAACUCUUCCAAGUCCCUUGUCAAAUAAAUCAACAAACUUUGAAAAUAGCAAAAUUCUACAACAUAGUCAAGAAUUGGACAGCUCGCAAUCAGAAAGUGAUUCGGAAACUGAACAAAAUGAUUCGCAUUCAGAGCAACACGAUGCAGAAACCUUUGACACGUAUGAUCGCAAACGUAAUGACAGUUUGUACGAAAUUGAAGACAUUCGAGAGUCAGAGCUUCAUUCCGACGAUGAAAGUGCGGAUAUAAUUGAGUUUAUAAUCGAUAAUAGCGGUGAUGCGACGUCGAACUGUGAUACAGUGGAAUUUAAUGAUCAUUUGAGUGUGAUUUUCGAAGAAGAUGAACAUUUGCACAGACGUGUUAAAUUAGACAGUAUGUGCUCAAGUAAUUCGUCGGCGACUUUGGCCAAUGAAGAUAAUGGAAGCAAACAUUUCGACAGUGCAGAAGCAGAAGAAGAGGAAGAAGAAGAAGAAGAAGAAGAAGGUGAUGAUGUGUCGGACAGUGAUAAUGAGGAGGAUCAAAGUACAUCGGUUACUGUUCGCUUGCCAUUGCGAUUAUCGUUCAGCCGAUCAUCGAAUGACGAAGAAAUAACAACCGUAAUGGUUGGAAAAAGUGAAAUACAAGUCGAAGAAAAUGUUGUAACGACUAAAACACUCAUUUCGGAAGACUCGGCGCCAGAUGUAAGUGUCUGCGUAAGUUUGCGACCAAGAAGUCGCCCAUCGUACAGUCAACAAUCAUCUGUGGACACAUCAAAUAAUAAAAGUGUUGAUGAUUACAAUGAUAAUGAUGAGGAUUCCGAAGUUUCAGUGUCAGUAUCGCUGCCUCUGAGACAUCGCACACUGAGCCCAGCACCAUUAACGUAUCGACCAUUCACAAGGCAGCAGACUUUAAGCCCAGUGCUACACCGAAACGAUGAGUUUGAGUAUAAGUGUUGGAACCGUGGUUUUAGCGUGGAUCGCUCCACAAAUAUCCCAAAGCUUAAAGAAAGUCAUUGGAAUCCAAGAGAAGAUAUUUUCAGGGAAGAAUACAAAUCACAAGAUAUUUCCAAUGUCGACGAGAGUAGUCAAAAUAAUGACGAAUGUAAAUUUUAUGCUAACGAAGAUAUUUCAAAUGAAAAUGAAAAUAGCGUUGAUAGCGAACAUGAGCCUGAGCCUGAGCCUGAGCCUGAAUAUCUGUCGGUACGUGCUAAGAUCGCAGCAUUCGAAACAAUACCAAUUAGUAAAAAGGAAGAAUUCCAUAGACAACAUGCUUGCACAUCUUUCGAUGAACCAAGCGAACAAGAUGAAGUGAAAAAUACAGACGUAAUGAAAACCCAAAAUGACAAUAAUAAUGAAAAUAUUGAACGCAAGGAAGAUUUCAAAUUUAAUCAACCAAAUUACAUCCAUCAUCUACAAAAUCAAAGUAAUUCACCUAUAAAUUAUUCAAGCUACGCGGAAACCAACACACCAAAUUACAGUUCAUACAUAGCAAGCGAUUACACAAUUGUACAACCAAUUCCCCAAUAUAUUGAGACACAACAACAAUACAUGCAGCACACGGAACAGCUACAAAAUGUUGAUAAUAGCACUGAAGAAGAAGAAGAAGAUGAAGAUCCUGAAAAUGACUCCAAGGCGAAUCUAUCGGUCCAACAAAAGAUUGCUGCCUUCGAGCAACCAUCAUCCUGUCCACUGGCAAAAAUUGAUGCUCGUCAUGAAAUAACUAUGGCUCGUGAAGCGAAUAAUGUGGAAAGCAUUGGCCAUCGGUUUUUGACCGAAAUAAAUGAAAGUCAAGCGCCAAAUUGUCAAACUCCAAAGUUCGAUGGUUUUCGUGUUCAAAACUUGAACGAAUCUCAACUACAGGAAAUAUGCAAAUCUCCAUCACCAAAAGUGUUACAGACUCCAAAUCAAAGCGUUCAAACAGAACCUAAAUGCACAAGCAAACCACAGUCAAAUCAGAAUACCAAAUUGAAUAAACUCAGUUAUAUGCAACGUUCAACUGUCGAUGAAUCGGAAAUUGAAGAAACUGAUUCGGGUGUCGAUAUUCAUCGUCAAAUUUCGGAAGACAUCGACACUGAAUCUGAAUGCUAUUCCGAGCUACGAAAAUUGACUCGAUACGAACGAGCACAAACACACAGUCGUCUCUUUAAAAUAUUGAGUCAAGAAUACGACAGUGAAUUGAGUGAUACAGAAAAAACCAAAGUCGAAGAAGACGUAGUACCAUUAACUCGACCAAAGAAAAUUGUGCACAAUGUUUCCAUAACUCGCAAACAAAAUCCAGAACUCGUGAAACAGGCUGAAACAAUGGCCGAGCGUCGCGAGCGUUUACAUUUGAAUCACAAUAGCACAAGCAUUGAUGCAGAUAAUCCAUCGUCAUCUGCUUCACCAUCUUGUGUGUCACCAACAAGUAUGACACCGUCUGUCAAUGAAAAAUUAAUUGACGAGCUGGUGCAAAGUGUUUUGCAACAAACAAAACGUCGCAACCUUCGAAAUAUUCCGAUUGAAAAGAUUCAAUCCGCUGCACGACGUGCAUUGAUUCAACAACAAGAAGAAAAUGAUUCCUGUUCAUACAGUUCGUUUGAUUCGACGCCUGCUUUGACCCCGCAAGAGUUCCAUGAUGAUUAUUAUGACAGUGACGGAGAGCGAAACAUGGAUAUUUUCCCAUCAAAAGCAUUUAAGCAUUUGCAAGAACAGUCGGUGUACGGACGAAAAAAUAAACUUUGGGCAGCACGUUGUCCACGUGUGCUCAGUUCAAAAACUGUCAACAGCGAUCUGAGUCGGGUCACCGAAACAAGAGAAUCACAAUCACCUGAACGAGAUCAACAAUACGGUUACAAUUACUAAUUCCCUAAUUCCCUACUUCCCAUUAAUCCAAUUCGCAUCUCCUGUCGUUCCCUUGGCAUUGAGUUCAAACACCAUUCGUUCAGUGUUCAAAGGCAUGCAAAUACUGUUAUGUUGUUGACCACGCAUACAAUCAUUCGCAAUGCCCAUCAAAUCAACUCGACACUAAAACCCAUACAUACAAAAAAAAAACAGAAAA